UUUGGGCGCCCGCUCCCUCUCCUCUCCACAUCAUCUGACCUCCGUUUGAUUAAAAUCUCCAGCUGACAGUGGAGACGGAGGGCUGCAGAGACGGCACCUUGAAAGCCGGAGCGGCUUCUGGUCUCAAUGCGAGUCACCUGCCCCCGAGACGUCGGCCAUUCUGGGCCACUGACCCACAAAUAAGAGACUCAGCCAAAUCCAGUUGGCCCCAUGCCUGUCAGCCCUGUGUGUGUUUUCACUCUCCUGAGGGUCGUUCUCCUGGUGUCUCCAUUGGACUCGGGGUCUUUACAGAGCGACGACCAUCAGCGCCUCACUUCUGCUCAGAGCACAUUACCAGAAGGAAGUCUUGCUUGCAGCUGCUCUCAUGGAGAUUCUUACGAAGCUUAAACAAAUGCUGGUUUAGCAGCUAAAUAACCGUUAAGACAGGAGUGUUGGGGAAGCCAUGUCAAACUCAGUGGGAAGUUUACCAGAUGGGACAGUGUACGGGCCCCGGAUUGGGAUGACGGAGGACUCCCUCGCCAUUCUGGAGAGAAACAGGGGCUCCGGGGACCCCUGGGACCUGGGGGAGACCAAACCGAACGUGGAGGCCCUGGAGCGUGGCCUGCAGGGCCUCUAUCCCUCGUGCUUCGACAUGCUUCUCACCGAAGAUGCAACGUGGCUGGUGAAGGUUUCAGAGGCCUCCCCGAUGGCGCCCGCACCACUGACCCAUCUGGAGCCACAGGAGGAACCGGAGCAGUGCCCCGUCAUCGACAGCCAGGAACAGGGCCUCUCUCCCGGGCUGGAGGGCCAGGAGGAGGAGCGGUCUCUGGAGCAGGUGCAGAGCAUGGUGGUGGGAGAAGUGCUGAAGGACAUCGAAACGGCCUGCAAGCUGCUCAACAUCACCCCAGACCCCAUAGAGUGGCACACGGGGAAUGUGCAGAAGUGGCUGCUGUGGACCGAACAUCUGUACAGGCUGCCCCACGCGGGGAAGUCCUUCCAGGAGCUGACGGGAAAGGACCUCUGUGCCAUGAGCGAGGAGGAGUUUCGCCAGCGUUCGCCGCAGUGUGGGGACACGCUGCACGCACACCUGGACAUAUGGAAGUCAGGUACCGCCUGGAUGAAAGAGAGAUGUUCAGCUGGAGAAACCAAAACUACAGGCGUCGAGGAGCUUUGGUCUGAGGCAGAUUCGUCCUGUUCCGGUCAGCCCAUUCAUCUGUGGCAGUUCCUCAGGGAGCUGCUGCUCAAACCUCACAGCUACGGACGCUGCAUCCGCUGGCUCAAUAAAGAAAAAGGUAUUUUUAAGAUCGAAGACUCGGCUCACGUUGCGCGGCUGUGGGGACUCAGGAAGAAUCGACCGGCCAUGAACUAUGACAAGCUGAGCCGCUCCAUACGUCAGUACUACAAGAAGGGCAUCAUCCGCAAGCCCGACGUGUCCCAGAGACUGGUGUACCAGUUUGUUCACCAGGUGUGAGGCCGCAGCAGAGUGGCAGCGGACGGCAACCUACGAAAAUCCAAAGGACACACCAUGUCCUGUCAUGCACUUGAACACUUGAGGUGACAGGGAACACGAGCACUGACCAAACCCCAACGGUUCACACUUCCACUUGCAGCGCUGGACAACUGCUGCUGCUUAUCUGUGCAUGGGGCCGAGAGCAGGAGGCGAGACGAGGUGGAUGCUGAGGCUUUUUCUCUUUUUUUCUCUUCCUGCUGCAGAAUGAAACACCCGCUGAUUAAAAAACCAGAGACAAACUUUAAUGCACUGCUUUUUCAUUUGCAUGAUCUGCCUGUUGAUUCAAUGUGAUUCUCAGUUAUCCUUCACUCAGCAAACAGUCAGAAUUGAUGGCUCCUGCGUACCAGCUUCAGGAAAAAACGCCCCAUCGCUCGUUUGCUUUGUGUUUUUUUCAUUUGACUCAUCUUGACCAUGUUUGAAUUGGAGCCAGUUUCUCUGCCACAGUUGAACGUGUGGUUGGGAUUGUUUUACUUUUAUUCUGGGCGUGGUCCCGGUUGUUAAACAGUCAGCUCCCGUAACUCAUCAACCACAGAACAGUCACACUUUCUGUUUCCUUAUCUGAUCUGAAGUGUGACAUCUUUUGGAGGAUGCUUAAAAUAACUGUCAUGACUGUUUUCAUAAUGCCACUUCACUUCCUUCUUCUUUUUCUGAGCCGUAACUUGCUGGAGAGGGAUCUAUUCCCUGAAAACUGUUUUACCGAUGAGCCGUUAUAUCGUAUGGUUUAUUCUGCUGUGUACUGCAUUUUACGUUAUGUAACAUUUAUCAUGGAGAAUCCAACUGCUUUAAAUAAAAUAUGUAGAAAAAAGAAUGAAUAAUAAAACACAUACAAACACACUAAACAGACCACGAAAUUACAAAUGAAUCUAUAUUUGUUGUCGUGGAUCCAUGAACGACAAUGUUAGCACAAUACUGAAAUAUCAAAGUAAUAAUUUGAUGGAUUAAAUGAAUAAAUAAUACAAAUAUUCAUAUCUUCCUCAGCAUGAGCAGUAAUUCACUUUGGGGAUUGUCCGACUUUUCUUCGUGGGCCUUUUAGUCAAUAUCUGUAAAUCACAUUAUCCGCUGUACCUUGUGUUGUAGUGCUAAUUAGCACUUUCUAAUAAAUGCUAACAGUCUAGGAUUAUAAACAUGAUAAAUGUUAUCUGCUUAACAAGAACCUGCUGGUGUUGUCAUACUGAUCAUGUUGCCGAUGUUAGGAUUUAGCUCAUAAUCAGCUGCCGGCUCGGAGUCUUGUUAUUUGAGUCCAGCAGGUUUUUUAUUUUUACAAAGUCUAUUUUCAUUCACCAGUCCUUCCAGAUAAAUGUCAUGACAAACAUCUAUCAUGCCAAACAGGACCGAGUCGGUUGUUAUCUUUGUAAGUUUUGUCUGGAUGUUGUGGAAUUAAAUUGCUCAUAGUGAAAAAUGCUACUGUGCAUAAAAGAAAAACCCUGAAUGUUAAAAUAAUGGACAAAAACAAAAAAUAAAAAGUAUAUUGAAUAUGUUUUUCUAUUUUGAAAA